GCGCCGUUCGGGACACCGGGAGCUUCCGCUUCCCCAGCAGCUGGAGGGGUGGAGAGAGAAAGCUGAUAGAGAAUACGUGUUUGGCUGCUGUUUUGGGGGUCAAUGUGCGAGUGCUGCUGCUGCUGACCCUCCCUGAUCAUGGCACUGCUGAGGCUCGUGUUCCUGCUGUCCUGGGCUGCCUGUUCGGGAGGUCACUAUGGCAACCCAUUGAAUAAAUACAUAAGGCAUUAUGAAGGAUUAAACUACAAUAUGGAUUCCUUGCACCAAAAACACCAACGUGCCAAAAGAGCUGUGUCUCAGGAGGAUCAGUUUGUGCACUUGGAUUUUCAGGCUCAUGGCAGGCAGUUCAACCUUCGAAUGAAGAGGGACACAUCUUUAUUUUCACCUGAUUUUAAAUUGGAGGUUGGAGGAGAAACUGUGGAUUAUGAUACCUCUCACAUAUACACUGGGCAGUUAUUUGGUGAACAGGGGACUUUGAGCCAUGGAUCUGUUGUUGAUGGUAGAUUUGAAGGAUUUAUUAAAACCCAUCAAGGCACAUUCUAUCUGGAGCCAUCUGAAAGAUUCUUUAAAAACCAAGCAGUUCCGUUUCAUUCUGUCAUGUAUCACGAAGAUGACAUUAAGUACCCACAUAAGUAUGGAUCUGAAGGAGGAUGUGCUGAUUCUUCUGUCUUUCAAAGAAUGAAAGAAUAUCAGAUGUCAGCGCAAGAAGAAUCGGAAAAACACGAUCACAAGGAAGACCAUGAAGGUAGUGGUCCUCUCAUCCUACGGAAAAAACGAGCUGCCCAGGCAGAAAAAAAUACGUGCCAGUUGUACAUCCAAACUGAUCAUCUCUUCUACAAACGAUAUGGGGAAACCAGAGAGGCAGUGAUAGCCCAGAUUUCCAGCCAUGUGAAGGCAAUUGACACAAUUUAUCAGUCAACCGAUUUUAGUGGAAUUCGAAAUAUCAGCUUCAUGGUGAAAAGGAUACGGAUAAAUGUAACAAGUGAUGAGAAAGACCCCACAAAUCCAUUUCGGUUUCCUAAUAUUGGAGUGGAGAAAUUCCUUGAAUUGAACUCUGAGCAGAACCAUGAUGAUUAUUGCCUGGCAUAUGUAUUUACAGACCGGGAUUUUGAUGAUGGUGUCUUAGGGCUUGCUUGGGUUGGAGCACCUUCAGGUAGCUCCGGCGGAAUAUGUGAAAGGAACAAACUGUACUCUGAUGGCAAAAAGAAAUCCCUGAAUACUGGAAUCAUUACUGUUCAGAACUAUGGCUCCCACGUCCCCCCUAAGGUCUCUCAUAUCACCUUUGCACAUGAGGUCGGACAUAACUUUGGUUCCCCACAUGACUCCGGCAAUGAGUGUACACCAGGUGAAUCCAAGAAUCUAGGAUUUAAAGAAAAUGGCAAUUUUAUUAUGUAUGCCAGAGCCACAUCUGGGGACAAGCUCAAUAACAACAAGUUCUCAAUCUGCAGUGUUCGAAAUAUAAGCCAAGUGCUGGACAAAAAGAGGAAUUCCUGUUUUGUAGAGUCUGGUCAGCCAAUAUGUGGCAAUGGACUGGUGGAGCAAGGAGAGCAAUGUGAUUGUGGUUACAGCGACCAGUGUAAGGAUGACUGUUGUUAUGAUGCCAAUCAGCCAGAAAAUUUAAAAUGCACAUUAAAGCCUGGAAAACAGUGCAGUCCCAGUCAGGGCCCAUGUUGCAACUCAGGUUGUACCUUCAAACUGCGAAGUGAGAAAUGCCGUGAAGAAUCUGACUGCGCCAAGAUGGGAACAUGUAAUGGUGUCUCUGCUCAGUGUCCACCAUCAGAUCCUAGGGACAACCUCACUGAGUGUAACAGGGCAACCCAAGUUUGCAUCAAGGGGCAAUGCUCAGGAUCUAUCUGUGAAAAGUAUGACUUGGAAGAGUGCACCUGUGGCAGUAGUGAUGGCAAAGAUGACAAGGAGCUGUGCCACGUUUGCUGCAUGGAGAAAAUGAAACCACAUACCUGUGCUAGCACUGGUUCAGAAGCAUGGAGAGCUCACUUUAAAGGAAAAACUAUUACAUUACAACCAGGAUCUCCAUGUAAUGAAUUUAAAGGAUACUGUGAUGUAUUCAUGCGGUGCCGAUUGGUGGAUGCUGAUGGUCCACUGGCCCGCCUGAAAAAAGCUAUUUUUAACCCUGAACUAUAUGAAAAUAUUGCUGAAUGGAUUGUGGCACACUGGUGGGCAGUGCUGCUCAUGGGAAUAGCACUAAUAAUGCUUAUGGCUGGAUUUAUUAAGAUUUGCAGUGUGCACACACCAAGCAGCAAUCCAAAGCUGCCACCCCCGAAACCCCUUCCAGGCACGCUAAAGAGAAGGAGACAACCACAGACAACUCAACAACCUCCACGCCAGAGACCUCGAGAGAGUUACCAGAUGGGACACAUGAGACGUUAACUGGAGCUUAUUUGCCUUUGGUUCUUCCUAGUGCCUACCAUAGGAAAGAUUCACUCCAAAGAAACACCUACCAAUAGUCACAGUCCCCCAGUCAAGAAAGCAAGAAUUAGAUCAAAAAGAGAGAAGAAAGGCAAGCUCCAAUCAGUGUUGCCACAUGGUGAUACUGUUUUUAACUUGCUAAAACAUUCAAUUCUGGAUGAACAAAUUAACUCUUGGGUUUUUUAACAGAUAUUUUUAACCUAACUGCACAAAGUGUUAGAAUAUCCUGAUUCUUUCGUUUCAUGCCCCCUUCCUUUCUCUGCUUCUUAUGUGCUAUCAACUGAUCUCUCACUUACUAAACUUACAUCUUUCUUUUUCUUACCACCAAUCAAGGCUAGGAAGCUAGACCACUUCAGCAUUGGAGACAUCUCUUGCCAAUGUGUAUACAUUAUUAUAUGCAGAUGUGUAUCUCUAAUGUACGAGCAUACAUCUAUGUGCAAUUUUAAAAACAAAUAAUUGCAAUAUGGAUAUGUUACUUUGUAUUAUAGCUUUUUUCCACUGUUAAUGAAGACAUUACUGUUUAAGUGACAUACUCAGGAUUACAGAGGAUUUGGUGUAUAAAGGAGACUGAAUAUUUUUUUGGAUGCAUCUACUCAAUAUGGAAAGCAAAUCCACCUGCAUUCUUUUUCUAUAAGUCUUAGAAACAGAGUUGGUUAAAGUCUUCAUUUCAUAGAUUUCCUUAGACCAGCCACUUUUCGGUGUGGCACACAAGACUUUUCCUUUGGAUUCACGCAAGCAACAAAUGUACAAAACAGACACAACUCUGGACUUUAAGACUAUUUUUAUGAUUGUUUUUUUAAUGUCUCCCAGAUUAUUCAGGUGAGAAGGGCCUCGAUGAUUACAUGUUUAGGCAUGUAUUUUAUAAAAAGACAGGUCUAUUAUCUGAUUUGCCAUCUGUAUGAAAUCUCAUGGUAUAAUUGUUGUACAUGUGCUGUGUCAACUGUUUUGUUACAAGAGGGGCAUAUGGAGUAAUGUGUACGAAUGAAAGUUGAAUUUCUGUGUAUUUUUGGGCAAAAUCCUUUAUGGAAUAUUCUCAGCGCUGAGUUGCUGAUAAAUGUAUAACCACUAAAUUUGUGUCUUUCAAUAUUAAGAGAAGAAAUGUGUUACUAAGUCUGUUUUCAGCUUCUUCACACACUGGUAGUAUCUGCUUCUGCCAUAAUCCCAAUUCAGGCAUCUGGAUGCUUGUUCAAUAUGUAUACCAUUAAUAUAUAAACUAUUCAUGCAUCAGAUACUAUGCAUGUAAAUAUUUGGGCAUUACUAAAACACCUCUACAGUUUCUCUUUCCGUUCAAUCUGUUUUUUUGGUAUCUGUGAUUUUUGGUUUGGGCAACAUCUUGGAGUGAGCAUGGUGUUGUAUCCCUUAUGUUGACCAUUUUCCUGACCUGUCCUUUUUACAUAGUUCUGCCACCGAGUAAUUUAAAGCCUCUCUGGCUGGCUGCGUGGCAGAACUAAAAAAUGCUGUGGUGGUGCUGCAACACACGAGAAACUUGUUUUAUUAGCAAGGGCAAUGGGAGUACUGCAGGAAGGGAGGCCCCAGUGUAGAUUUCUCACCCUGGCCCAAAUGGCUUAAGUUAUGUUACACACAGUAUUGGUUUGGCAGGAAGAGAACUAGAAGGAUAUGUAGAACAGAACCAGUUAACAUAUAAAAACAUACUUCUAAAUGUUAAUGUGCAAUUACAAAGUUGACAUUUAUUUGAAGUUUUGCUGCAAUUUUUUCUGCUUCUCCCAAUUUAAAUUAAAUUUGUAUAACCAACCUGCUCUGGGUGAACUUGCUUU